CUCAGAUUCCAGACUCCUUAUACAACCUCACAGUUGAGUCUCAGCUUUCCAUUUGUCAAAGCCUGUGAGAUCAGGUCUUAGUGACAUAGUAGCUGUUUCAUGGAUUGCGCUAUGCCCUGCAGUCGAUGGUAAAUCAACUUGGAGAAUCUAUUAAAGUCAGCCGCCCAGCUUGAAGUUUUCUAAUCACUCACUAAGUCUUUGAAAAGCCUAUUUCGGACAGUAUCACUUGUCAUUAUGAAAUGUCGUCCCUUGGAGCCUCCUUUGUUCAGAUCAAGUUAGAUGACAUCCUCUUCUAUGAGAACUGUGGCGGUGGAAGCUUUGGAAGUGUUUAUCGAGCAAAAUGGAUAUCGCAGGACAAAGAGGUGGCAGUAAAAAAGCUUCUUAAAAUUGAAAAUGAGGCAGAAAUACUGAGUGUCCUUAGUCACAGGAACGUUAUCCAGUUUUAUGGAGCUAUUCUUGAAGCGCCUAACUAUGGUAUUGUAACAGAAUAUGCAGGUGGAGGAAGUUUAUAUGACUACCUAUCCAGUGCUAAAAGUGAAGAAAUGGACAUGGGUCAGAUAAUGACAUGGGCAAUGGACAUAGCUAAAGGAAUGCACUAUUUACACAUGGAAGCUCCAGUACGAGUAAUCCAUAGGGAUCUGAAAUCCAGAAAUGUGGUGAUCACUGCUGAAAAAAUACUGAAGAUCUGUGACUUUGGAGCCUCCAAGUUUCACUCCCACACUACUCAUAUGUCACUAGUUGGAACAUUCCCAUGGAUGGCCCCUGAAGUAAUACAGAGCCUACCAGUGUCAGAGACGUGUGACACAUACUCCUAUGGAGUGGUUCUGUGGGAAAUGCUGACUCGUGAGAUUCCUUUCAAAGGUUUGGAAGGGCUACAAGUUGCUUGGCUAGUUGUAGAGAAAAAUGAGAGGUUGACCAUUCCUAGCAGUUGCCCACCAAGUUUUGCUGAAUUAAUGAGACAAUGCUGGGAAACAGAUGCAAAGAAAAGACCAGUGUUUAAGCAAAUAAUGUUGACCCUGGAAUUGAUGUCCAAGGACAGUCAGCUGCCUGAUCAGUGCAACUCCUUCCUGCACAAUAAAGCAGAGUGGAGGUGUGAAAUUGAAGCAACUCUAGAGAGGUUAAAAAAGUUGGAACGUGACCUAAGCACCAAAGAGCAAGAACUCAAGGAGAGAGAGCAACGCUUGAAGAUGUGGGAGCGCAAGUUGGUAGAGCAGUCCAACACACCGCUUCUUCCAUCAUAUGACAUUUAUACGUGGACAGAAGAACAUGUGCAUUUCUGGGUGGAGCAACUUUUUAAUGAAGGAGAGUUUUCCAGCGACAUGAAGAGAUAUGCAGAAUUAAUUAAGGAAAACCACAUUACAGGCAAACGUCUACUACUUUUGACAGAAAAUGACAUGAAGGAUAUGGGGAUUAAAUCCAAAGGGCACAUUAUUCAUUUAAAGUCUGCAAUUGAGAAAUUAGCCCAAGAUUAUCUGAGUCUCUUCCAUUUUCCACCUUUGAUGAAGGAAGAUGAACUGCAAUUAGAAGAAGAUGCCAUAAAAAUUGUGAACCUGGAACUGGUAUUUGGGUACCAUUUGAAGCCAGGAACUGGCCGAAAGGAUUGCAAAUGGAAAAUGUACAUGGAGCUGGAUGGGGAUGAGGUGGCAAUAGCAUAUAUUAAGGAUGUGACUUUUGUACCAAGCAGACCAGAUAUUGAUGUCCUAAAAAUGACUAAGCCUCCUUUUGUUAUGGACAAGUGGAUUGUUGGAAUUCAAGAAAAUGAGACUGUCGAAUGUAUUGUGAAUUAUGAGAAUGAUGUGCGAUCACCAAAAGUCACAAAGCAUUACCAUUCAGUACAAUGGCCAAUAAGUAGUCAGGAUGAAAUUAAAACUGUCCAGCUUCUAAUACAGACUGGCAUUGCAAAGGACAGUGAAGGAAAACCAAGAAGCCGGACAGGAUCAAAUGUGGAUCCCAAAUGGAUAUACAACUUGCGAAUGAGACAGGUGCUUAAUGACCAGAAGCCUCCUGCUGCCUUACCUCAUUCUGCUAGCUCCAGUGUGACUACUUUACCUCAGUUUCUUUCCUUCUGUUCUGACCAAGCUUCCUACGCAUCAGCAGUGAGGAGACCUUCAAAUCACCUACAACCCUCCUCCUGGAACAGUUCAAGAAGCUCUUCCCCAACAGGUGGACUCACCAGAAAAAUAUCUGGUGUAUUCCUUGACUCCAAAGGAAACAGCUCUUCCAGUACAACUUCAGAAAACAUGUCAGAUAAAGAGCGCUCCUACACACCCCGGGCAAGAGGGAGUUACCACAAUAGGAACUCUGAUGCAGGGGCUUGGAAGACAGUCCACGGGAAUAAUUACAACCUGACGCCUUCUGCGCCAUUUCGGCAAGACAAUAGACACCACAGACCCUACCAUCAGACUCGUGCUUUGACACCGAAAACAAAUAAUUGGGGUCAAGCAUCCCAUAAGCACUCACCGCCAAUACCAGGCAUGUUCCUACCAGUGGAUGACAAUAGCAAAAGUGACACAGAAGAUGCCAAAGCCAGUGAAGGAGGAUGGAUUAAAGUGCAGCGCCAGAAGAAAUCUUCAAAGCAGGACAGCAAACAGAUGAGAGGUCGGCCAAGGAGAGGAAGCCGUGGUCGUGGUCGCAACUGAUUUUAGGAUUCCAUAGGAUACUCAAAUGCACAUCUCUUUGCUAUAGAACUUCCUUUGACAAGUCAGGGUUUAACAUUUUAACAGUAUGUAUUGAUCAUGUUUCCUUAUAGUGAGUGUAUUAUAAAUUGGUUUACCAUUGAAGGCUUGUACAGUCAGGAUUAAUGGUAAGUGCAAUGUGUAUAAUUGUCACAUUGCUAGAACUUAAAGUAAAUACUGAUGAAAGAAUAAUGUAGAUACAAAUACUGUAUGUUCAGUGGCAAAACCAAAGAUUUUUUUUAGUACAAAUUGAGGUCUAAGUGACAUGUCUAACACCUAUCCAUACAUUUUUUAGACCACUUUUUCAAUUAUAAGGUGGAUAUUUAGUCAGAGCUUAUCUCAAAAACAUUGUGUGCAAGACGAGAAACCAAACCCUGGGUGGAAUAUACAGUCAAAUCUAUUAAAAAGCAUUCAUUCCAUUUUACGUUUUCACAUUUUAUCAUUAUGCAACAUUAAAUCAUGAUUAAAGUAAAUUUGGCUUCAGCACUUGAUGCACCUUUGGCAGCCAUGACAGCCUUGAAUCAUUGUGCACAGAUUGUACUUUGUCUCUAUCAGCUUUGCAUAUCUGGAGACUGCAGUUUUUCUGCAUUCUUCUUUUCAAAAACUCUGUCAGACUGCACGGGAAUCUUGAGAAAACAGCCUUUUUCCAUGUCCAGGCACAAAGUCCUAACUGGAUUGAGAUCUGGGCUCUCACUUGGCCACUUCAGGAAAUUAAAACUGUUGUGUUUUGCUGCAUUCAUUUUAACCUCUACCCUCACAAGCCUUCUGGAGCCUGUUACACAGAACUAUAUCCUUAGCGUGUAAAAUGGAGAUAACAACGAUUCAGAGAGAAUGGAAGUCUAAGAUGAACAAUUCUGGAUAACAAACAAUAUCAAAAACAUCUAUAAAAAAAACUCAGGUUACUUGUGCUAAAUAAUGAACAAGUCAAGUUAAGUCAUCCAGUUGAAUGCUCCUAACAUCAAAAUGCAUGCAUCUUUUGCUAAAAUAAUGUCAAAUAAAUAAAUGAACAAUGAAAGUAGUCCACAAACAGGAUGGCCAUUCACACAGAGUUAUCUUUAUAAAUUAAGACCCACUUCUGCCCCUUAUUUAUCAAUCAGGAGUGCUUUCUUCAAUUCAAAAGUGUGUUCUAGUAUGAAUAGGCUUCCUGACUACUUUCAUUUUCCAGAGAAUUCAUUUAACAAUAUUUUAGCCAAAAGUGCAGCGUUUUCCAUGUUGUGAGCAUAGAUUUGGGUGACUUGACAUGUAGAUUAUGCAACUCAGGUAACAUAACAUUUUUUUCAUGGAAUUUUGAUAUUGUUUGCUGUUGCCCAACACUGGUCACCACAGGGUUUCAUUCUGUCAGGAACCUUAUCUCCAGUCUCCAUGAAAACAUGAAAUGAAACAUUUUUUCUUGGUCAUCACUACAAAUCAUGUGGGGUAAAUAACAUAUACAACAAAAAUAUACCUCAUUUUUAGGUGGAUUUUCUUAUAAAGCUAGAUAGGCACAUUGGGUAUAAAUAGCUUUCAGAUCCUCUAUUUAUACUCUAUCAAAUCAAGCAAUAAUGCAUAUGUAACACUUUUUUUAUUUAAGACUAUGUAAUGGUUUUAUAUUAUAAUGAUAAAUAUGUUUCCUUUAACCCCAGAAUUAACUUAGAGGAAAAAUAUGCUUUUGUAAUGUAGGGAGGUCAACACAUUUGACAGUAUCUAAAAAAAGAUUAUAAAUCAGCUUCCACAACCAUACAAAACCAACAUCAUUUGGAGAAAAUAAAUUUGCUUAAAGUAUUUACACAGGCAUUGCUUUAUCGUGUUAAGUCCUAUAGUGAUCCUAUUCUCCUCUUUUAUACUCUUUAUUGUGUAGAUUUUAAUAAAAUGUCUAAAAUCCCCUAUACUUACUGCUCUGUGAUAAGGUACUUUAGCACUUCUAUCCCCUCCCCUUCUACAUCUGUAAUCUCAAGCAUUUAGACAAGCAUUUAAGUUACACAUUUAAUUUUGUAUUAUUAAUAAUAAUGCCCAAAAAUAUUAAGGAAGCAGAGUACCUUGUGGAUACUGGCCAACCAUACCCUUACUGCCUAAGUAGCAGUGCAUCUUGUGUCCAUAAGCAUUUUUUGGCUUUGCUUGUUUUUAAUGUCACUAUUAGGAUACAAUGAAGGGAGCAGGCUACACAGAAAAAGGGAAAAGUG